AACAUAGACGACGCAACGUUGUUCAUAACCGGAUGUGCAUUUGCUUGUAAAGAAGUACCCGUCGGCAAACGCAUGCAAACAUCUGCCCCCUCCCUCUCUCUCUCGCUCCUCUUUCUUUCUCUCUCUAAAAUAUAAAACGUGGCGCCUCCGACACUUCCCUCUGUCAACUCUCUCAAAUCCCCCAUUUCUCUCCUCAUUUUUCUCUCUCCCCCUCUGAUUCUCUCUCUAUAUAGCUGUUAUAUCACUAUAUAGUCCAGUCUGGAGUCUAUGCACCUCAAAACACGCGUAUAUAUAUAUUUAGAGAAACAUAUAAGUGUCGGUACUGUAGCAGCCGGAAUCUGAUUCCGAAUUCGCCGAACGUUUGUCGGAGCUUUAUUUAAGCUACAGUUGUUUGCUGUUCAUUGAAGUCUCGGACAUUUGUAGCUGGUAAUCGUUGAUUAUAUAUCAGAGUUUGUUAUGGGAAUGAAUAGAAUUUUCUUUUGUCUAUGAGGGUAUUUAUAUCAUGGAGGUGGCUGUUGAGAAAAAGGCAUGUCUUAUUUGAUGGGUUCCAACCAACAUAAAGAUGGGAGUGCAGGGGACAUGCGGAGUUAAGAUGAAACAAGUGCCGUUUUUGGGAAUUGUUUGUACAGUUAUGUUGUUCAUUGUAUAUAGAACCACAAACUAUCAGUAUCUACAGACAGAGAUGGAGUCAAAAUUGUAUCCCUUUUACACAUUUAAGGAUUCUGGUGUGGCUUCCACAAGUUUGAAGAAUUUACCCCGUGGUAUCAUUCAAGCUAGAUCAGAUUUGGAGUUGAAGCCUCUUUGGUCGACGAGUAGUUCAAGGUCAAAGGUCAAAGUUUCUAGCAAUAGUUACUUGCUGGCAAUUCCAGUUGGUAUUAAACAGAAGCGUAAUGUUGAUGAUAUUGUUCAAAAGUUUCUUUCAGAGAAUUUUACAAUCAUUUUAUUCCAUUAUGAUGGCCAUGUGGAUGGAUGGUGGGAUCUUGAGUGGAGUAACAAGGCCAUACAUAUAGUUGCUCAGAACCAAACAAAAUGGUGGUUUGCAAAGCGCUUUCUUCAUCCAGCUGUUGUGUCCGUUUAUGAUUAUAUAUUUCUCUGGGACGAAGAUUUGGGGGUGGAGAAUUUUCACCCAGGAAGAUAUUUGGAAAUUGUGAAAUCAGAAGGAUUGGAGAUAUCUCAACCGGCUUUAGCGCCAAAUUCGACCGGUAUACAUCACAGGAUUACAAUACGGAAGAGAACAAACAAGUUGCAUAGAAGAGUCUAUGACUCCAGGGGUAGUGUGAAAUGUUCAGAUGCCAGUGAGGGACCACCAUGCACUGGAUUUGUCGAAGGAAUGGCUCCAGUCUUUUCAAGAUCUGCUUGGCAUUGUGCUUGGCAUCUUAUACAGAAUGAUCUUGUUCACGGAUGGGGAAUGGACAUGAAACUUGGGUACUGUGCACAGGGGGACCGGACAAAGAAGGUGGGAAUUAUUGAUAGUGAAUUUAUAGUUCAUCAGGGCAUACAAACUUUAGGUGGCUCAUCUGCAAGAAAGACAUCAAAUUCCGAAGAGUCGGUGAAGAAAUCUGGUGUUGACAUGCGAUCUGAGAUUAGGAGGCAGUCGACAUCAGAGCUUCAAAUAUUUAAAGAGCGGUGGGAACGAGCUGUGAAGGAAGACAAGAACUGGGUUGAUCCGUUCCGAAGAUACCGAAAACGCAAGCAACAACAUAACCAAAGACAUUAGUAGCUGAGGGGACACACAAAUUGGUUUUGGCUUUCCUUUAUACACCAUUGAUACAUCAUGUGUUGUAAUUUAGUCCAUCUAUUCUAGGCCCAUUGACUCAUAAUUAUUUCAUUGUUUUAAUAGCCCUAGCUAGAUUUUCUUCUUCUGUCAUAUUUGUUUUUGAAAUGCAUCAAGUUGUUCUUUUACCCUCCUAUAUUUUUUCAUUGUUUAAGGCCCCUUUUUUUGUUAUUCAUGGACAAUCUUUACUGUUACAUAAUCAUUCAAUGAAUGGAUGGGCUAUUAAGCUUCAUAGAA